AGUAAGUUAACCAUUGGCGUUUACCUAAUGAAUUUUACACUUUGAUUUACUCUUUCAGAAGUCUUCAGAAGAGAUGGUGCCUCCUCAGGACAAGCAGUGGCCAUUCCUUCUUCGGUUUCCGAUUUCAUCUUUUGGUAUUUGUCUAGGAGUUAGCAGUCAAGCAAUUCUAUGGAAAGCAUUGGCCACGUCACCUUCCACUGAAUUUCUUCACAUAACUCCGAAAAUAAAUUUCGUGCUAUGGCUUAUCUCUGUUGCUGUUGUUGCUACUAUUUUCGCCAUCUAUCUGUUCAAAAUGAUUCUCUAUUUUGAAGCAGUUCGCCGCGAGUACCAUCAUGCAGUUCGUGUUAACUUCUUCUUUGCCCCAUGGAUAUCCCUCUUGUUCUUAGCUCUUGGAGUUCCUUCAUCGUUUGCAAAAGAAUUGCAUCAUGCGGUUUGGUACAUUCUAAUGAUUCCAUUGUUCUUCCUUAUGUUAAAGAUAUAUGGACAGUGGAUGUUUGGGGGCAAAAGGAAGCUCUCAAAGGUUGCCAAUCCAACAAAUAUGCUAGCACUUGUUGGAAAUUUUGUGGGAGCCUUAUUGGGUGCAUCUAUGGGCCUAAGAGAAGGACCUAUUUUUUUCUUGACUCUUGGACUUGCACAUUAUAUGGUGAUAUUUGUAACUCUCUCACAGAUGCUACCAACAAAUAAGACCAUCCCCAGGGACCUCCAUCCAGUGUUCUUUCUUUUGGUUGCACCACCCAGUGUUGCUUCUUUGGCAUUGGCCAAGAUUCAGGGUUCUUUUCAUUUGGAAUCUCGGAUUUUCUAUUUCACUUCCAUGUUCCUAUAUCUCACGCUGGCUGUUCGGGUCAAUCUUUUCAGAGGACUCAAAUUCUCAAUCUCAUGGUGGGCCUACACUUUUCCAAUGACUGCUGCUGCAAUUGCUACCAUAAACUACACAAAUCAAGUCACAAACGUUGUAACUCAAACUCUGAGUGUAAUAUUGAGUCUCGUUUCUACAUUCGUAGUAGCAACAGUGCUUGUCUCGACUAUUGUGCAUGCCUUUGUCCUCCGAGACCUCUUUCCCGAUGACCUUGCCAUUGCCACAAGUGAGAGAAAGCAAAAAACUCAUAAGAAACGCUUCCCUUUAGGAUUUGGAAGCCACGGACGUGCCAAAAAGACUGAAAAUUACUUGAAGUUUGUGAACUCGGAUAAAAAUGAUUUAGUUUAGAAGCUUCUUUGACAACAACAUACUCCAAUAUUUCAAGGAAUUCAUCAUCUGCGUGAGUAUUUAGAUCUCUCAAACGAGUAAGAAAAUAAUGAGCACAACCAACAU